AUGCAAUCAAUAAGCGAAUGUAAAAACGCAGAGGUUCAGUAGCCAGCCUCUAGUCAAGUGCACAAGUCAAAACACCCUGUCAGUGAUCUGCGGUUUCGGCGAGAAUAAAAAACAAAUAGUAAAAAAAAAAUUGCAUUAAACAAUAAUAAUACUGUAUAAUGAGAUUUUCAAACGGCUUGCAAAUCGCUUUAUUACUCUUCUUGAACAAAUGUUGUCUUAACGCUCUUCCUUCUAAGAAUGAUGAAUACAACUUAUCAGAAUUAGUUGAUCGUGAUUCCGAUUACGAUCAAGACGAUGAGGUUGAUAUUGAAGCAAUAAAUAAUUUUUUAAAAGACGAAGAUGAUGAUGAUGAGUGGUGUGAAUGGCUAAAAUGCGAUAAUGAUCUUAGACAGCCGAAAGGCUUUAGAAGAUAUGUGGAUGUACCGUUCAUUAAAAAAAUUUUAAAAAAUUUAAAUCCAUUUUCUAAACCUGAACUAACCAUGAAGUUCUACUUGUUUAAACAAGAUUUUCGCGAUUGCGGCCGGGAAAUAGGUCAUACAGAUGAUUCAUUCUACACAAGAGACUUGGAUAAUUCAAUUCCUACCAGAAUUCUUAUACAUGGCUGGAUGAGCCAGUCGCGUGGUUCUUUCAAUCGUGACGUUAAAAAUGCUUAUCUAUCACACGGCGAUUACAACAUUAUCAUAUGCGACUGGAGUAAUCAUGCGGCAAAUAUUAAUUAUUUUCAUGUGGUUCACUUAAUUGAGACGUUUGGCACUAAAGUGGCCGAGUUUACGCGAAAAUUGCAUGAAAAAGUUGGCAUAGAUUACGACGACAUCUAUUUAAUUGGGCAUUCAUUGGGUGCACAAAUUGCAGGAGCUGCAGGCAAGCGUCUACAACCACAUCGGUACAAUACGAUAUUUGCUUUAGAUCCAGCCGGCCCCAAAUUUCGCAGGCGCACAAUAAACUUUCGUAUCGAUCCCACCGACGCCAAUUAUGUAGAAACGAUACAGACAAGCCGCUUAGGAUUUGUCGAUCCCACCGGCAACGCGACUUUCUAUCCAAAUUUUGGUCUUAGUCAAAAAAAUUGUUUGCAACCGGCAUGUUCUCACACGCGAUCCUAUAAAUUUUUUGCGGAAUCCAUUAUUUCGAGUGCGGGAUUCUGGGGCAUCAGAUGUAACAGAAGCAUGCAUUACAACUGGGAAUGUGAUAAAAACAUGAGAUACGGCGAAUAUCCGAUGGGCGGUGAUCCUUCAAUCCAAAAAUCUGGCAUAUUUUAUGUUGAAACUAACGACAAGCAACCUUUCGCUUUGGGAAGAUUGGCAAGAUUUUUAAGGCACUAAGCCAAGCGAAAAAUACAUGUUACAAUUAGUUUAGAACAUAGGCAAAAAGAAAAAUGAAUGUUAACCUUGUGCUGUGAUAGAAAACGAUUACGCCAUAUGUAAAUUAAUAAUCGCCAUAGCCGGAUUAGGGCAUUUACCUCGGCUAACUGCCCGUCCCCUCUCCACCUAGGAAAUAUGUUUGCAUGCAUAAAACUAAGAGGCACAUAUAUGCAAAUAUAUAUAUUGUCUUCAUACUUAGCGUUCAAUUUAUUUUCUUUUUUUAAAUUUCUAUAAAAAAAUUAAAAGCAACACGUUUGCUAAUAUAAUUUCAUUGAUUUUUUAUAUGAACUUUAAUUUUGUUAUCACUGUAUAAUGCUAACGAUGCACUUCAAGUGUGCGACGUGAAUAAUGGGCAACGCGUGCGUGUUCGUGUGCAUUAUUGUUUUGACUUUCUCUUUACCUACACAAAUGCCUUCUAUCCUAAACCUAAUUGUUUAUGGAAACGUUGUUUUCCAUUUGAAAAUAUCGACUAGCAUUCAUCAUCAGAGGUAUUCCUGAGGUCGAGAUUUGUGAGUGAGUAUAAAGAGCAGUAAAUUGAUGAUAAAUUUGAUUGAAAUGACUUAAGGGCUUUCGGGUCAUACAGACUGCUCAAACGGCAUCAUUCAUUUGUCAAAAGCCAAAGCACGAGCGCAGUAGCGUUUAUUAUACUCCGAAAUAAAAAUAUGAUGACGAACUUAAUGACCAACCUUCUGACAUAUAAUUUUCUUCUCAGCAUGAUAAAUUUAAUAACCAAAUUUCUUCUUUUGGUUUUGCUAACAUGUGGAUAAAAUAAUCAUUGCAUGCAACGUAGUAAAUUUAAAUACAUAUAUAUACAUGAGUAUAAUAAAAUAUUUUACAACCU